AUGAUCCAACGAGAGAAGGCAGUGUUGGAGUUCAUGGAAGCCAACCCCACUUGGGAGGACUUCGCGCCUUGGGUGGCCGCUCUGAAUGAAUUUGAGUUCUUCAUGAUGAAGUGGUACCUCCGGAACGACUUGACGAAAACAACUCCAAGAGAAAUCGAAGACCAUGAGAACCCGCUCGCUCGGCGACUCGCUAACGUGGAGUUCGGAGAUCUGGAUCAGGAGUUCGGACAUCUCAUUGAGAGAUUCAGUCGCGAGGAGGGUCCACGGAAGUACAAGGACAAGCUAGAAAGUCAGGGCAAGGAUAUGGCCGAGGAUGAAGACAAAGUCAAGGAGAGGGAAAAGGAAAGAAAGACCAACCAGGUCACCGAGGUCAAAAAAACUGACAACCAAGACUUGGACGCGGAUUGGGAUAUCGAUAUCCAGGAAUCGGCCAAACAAGGCGCAAGAAGUAGCUCCGGUCCAAAGACAAAGAGCAGAAUCAGCAGCGAUACACGCAAGGAGAGAGGAGACUGGGACUAA